CGUUGUUGUAGUAUUAUAAUAAAAGUUGAAUGAUUUUGAAACGAUCAUUAUUAAAAUAAAAAAUAAAAUAGUUGAAUAUUUAAAUAAAGAAAGAAAACAAAUUAAUUAUUAAAUGAAUUAUUUUAUACGUAUUUGCUUUUAAAUUAUUUAAAAGGGAUUUUUUGCUAGCGUUUUAAACGGCUGUGUGAAAAAUUCAAAAUUCAAACCUGUCGCCAUUUUGUGAAAUAAAAGAUACUAAAUAUUCACGUAAUAAUUAAUAAAUUUGCAUAUCUGAUUAAUUUCAUUAGUUAAUUAAUUAAUUAAGUUAUUUUACGUCGAAGUUUUUCACGUUUUAAAAUUGAAAAAAAAAUCUUUGAUUGAUUUAAGAUUUUAAAAUUUUACUGAGAUUAAGGCUUAUAAAUAAAUAAAAAUAAAUAUAUAAAUAAAUAAAUAAAAAAUAUAUAAUAAAUAAAACUAUUUUAUUAUUUUUCACUGGUGGUUUUUAAUUUGAUCUUCGAAGAGUGUUUUUACCAUGUGUAAAUAUAAACAAUGCAGCUAGCUCAUCUGUAGGCCUUCGUGAAAUAGAAAAAAAAUAAACAACUCUAAAUAAAUGAAUAAAUUAUUAAAUAAAUGAAUAAUUAAAUAAAUAAAUGGUUAAUUAAUUAAUUAUUUUAUAAUCAAGUCAAACAAAAUUUACCAUCUUUCGCUAAUAAUAUAUUAUAUAGUAUAUUAUAUUAUAUGUUAACAUUUUCAUUUUAUAUGAAUGAAUAAAAUUCGAUAAUAGUGAAAAAUCUCAUUUUUCUGACUAAAAAUAGGAGAAAAAUCUGGAAACACGACUUUGGAAAUCUAGAAGGUCCCAACGUGUCACAUACAUCAAAGCCCGUUAACUAGGAUAAAUCGUUUGCCACAUCUAGACUAAUAUAAAAUACACUACAUAAAAUAUAAAAACCUUGAAAAAGUAGUUGCCAAACAGUAAAGACAAUCCUACCAGCCAGGAAAUGAAUUUCGAAAUUCCAUCUGGCCUAACUGAACUACUGCAAGAAUUCACAGUAGCCGUUUUGCGUCAAAAGCCACAAGAUCUGUACCAGUUUGCCGCCGAGUAUUUUGCCACAGCUUCCAACAGCAGAAAAUCUGACAAUAAAAAGAAAGUUGUCGUGUUUAACUCGAAGAAAAGAGAUGACCUUUCAGAUGAGGAGUGCAUGGGUGAGUUUGAUUUUUUUUUGAAGGGUUUUUUAGUCUUGUUAAGAAAUACGCCGAAAAGUGGCUCUCGGUGUAGAUUGCUAACGGUUUAA